CCUCCUUGGUUGAGAUAUGAAACCCUCACCUGCUCUACUUCCAGGCUCCUCGUUAUGCGUAUUUGCACCAGGUUUGGGUUGAUUCUGCGUUCAUUUGCUGCCUUCGAUGUGCUUUCCAACUAGCAGAUCCCCUUCCCUCGCUCAGGCUGAUUCUGCGAUAGUUUGACAACGCGCGUGAGCUCGUUGCUGGAACAAGAAUGCGAGUGUGCGAGGAGUGUUAAGCACGAAAGAGGAGUGGAUUAAGAGGGGCGAGAAGGGAAGGGCAAACAAAAACAAGGCUUAGUGACUAGCAUGAAACAGGAGGUUGCGAAGUAGUGGUGCAGUUCGCGCUAGCGAUCGUCGAGAGAGACAAUGAGUGUGAUCAACUCUUCGCAUCGGGAGGAGAGUGUGCCCGCCUGGGGAGGUGGGGUGAGUGAAAACAACAGGUUCAGCUAUGGCUAUUCAAGCUCACGUGGGAAGAGGGCCUCGAUGGAAGAUUUCCAUGAUACUCUAAUAUCUAAGGUUGAAGGUGUAAUGGUUGGAUUAUUCGGCGUUUUUGAUGGACAUGGUGGCUCCCGAGCAGCAGUAUACGUGAAGCAAAACCUCUUCAAGAAUUUGCUAGGGCAUCCUCAAUUUGUAACUGACACCAACCUCGCAAUUGCUGAGACGUUUAAGAAAACCGAUCAGGAAUAUCUCAAGGCUGACAACAACCAACACCGGGAUGCAGGAUCAACUGCCUCCACGGCUAUUUUGGUGGGAGAUCGUUUGCUCGUUGCUAAUGUAGGCGAUUCAAGGGCUGUUAUUUGCAUCGCAGGACGAGCGAUUGCUCUCUCCAUUGACCACAAACCAAAUCGAUCUGAUGAACGACAACGCAUUGAAAAGGCUGGAGGAGUAGUCAUGUGGUCUGGUACUUGGCGUGUAGGUGGCGUUCUUGCUGUGUCUCGGGCAUUUGGUGAUCGGCUGCUGAAAAAAUAUGUUGUUGCCGAACCAGAAAUUCAGGAAGAGCCCAUAACCAGUGAUGUUGAGUUUUUGGUGAUCGCAAGUGACGGUCUAUGGGAUGUUGUAUCAAACCAGGAUGCUGUUACAAUGGUACAGAAUAUUCCAGAUCCUGCAGAAGCCGCCAAGACCUUGACAGAGGAAGCCUAUAAGAAAGGAAGCGCAGAUAAUAUUACCUGCGUCGUAAUCCGUUUCCACCACAUUCAUUAGGACUGUGUCCAUAUUUGUGCCCUUAAUCUUCGAGCCAUUCAGUAGUUUUUCGCAUCAGUAGACCUGGCGAGACUAACUUGAAGUGUUCUAACCAAGCCUGUGAAUAUGAUGGCGUAGAGCACCAAGAUAUGCUCUGGUUGGUAAAGUGGAGCAUAAUUUACACGCUUGAAGCAUGGUAUAAUUCACCAAUUAAAAUUAAUCAGCACAGUUAAUGCAUGAUGUACAGGUGCUCAGUUAGAACAAUCUAGGGUUAUUACAAUUGCAGGUCUUCUCUCAGAUCCUUCAUUUGACAUAGUUGCUUUUCUUUUUACUGGUUUUGAACAGUUUUUCCUGCUGGGUUGGCUAGUGUAUUUUAUCUCUCUCUCUCUCGCUCUAUAUAUAUAUAUAUAUAUACAAACCAAAUAAGGUUUGUUAGUUAAGGACGAGCAGAUGCUGGCAGAAUUGGUUUUUGAAUUAGCAGAUGCUAUGUCUUCCUAUUCUGCUACUAAAAUGUCAACAUUGAAACUGAAA